AAAUUUCAAAAUAGCUCAGAAUCAAUGUUAGCUGCCCAAAUUAAAUCAAAAAUUAACAGCAAAAAUAAUGAAUAUUCAACUAUUGAAAUUGAUCGCAGCCCGACACCAUUGAUCAUCCCCGCUCAAGAGCAAAAAAAUGUCUCCUUGCUAAUAGAAGGUCAGCGGCUGGAAGAAAUAACGAUUUCUACUGAAAAUAAUCCCACUUCUCUGUCUGAUCCAUUAUUAGAACAAAAUUGUCAAUUUAAUAAUUAUUUAACUAAUAGCUGUGGAAAGCGAUUAAAUACAAUAAACAGACUAAAUUCUAAUAGGUAA